AUGCCCCCGGUGACCUUCUUCCGUGACGAGAGCCAGCAGUAUGUGUUUGCACGCUUUCCUGCCAAUCAAGAUCGCGACUCGCAAUGGGUCAUCUCCUUCGAAGGCUUCGUCGAGGAGCUAAUGUCUGACGACGACGAUCUAGCUCAAAGCUAUCUGCCAACUACGUUUGCCACUGCUCUAAGUCUAGGCAACGACCAUUUCACAGUUAAUGAAGAGCCUGCUAUCCUGGUGACAGCCUCGAAAGCACUCAACAUUGUCAUUCCCUCCUCCGGGAGUCGCCUUGCAAUUUACGUUGAUAUUUCUUUCGAGGUCAUUCAAUCUGUUCAAGUCGAGCAUAUGCAGCAUUCAUUGUCGCAGGAAGAUUACGCUCUGAAGCUGAACCUAAUCUCUGGAGUCCAGGCUUCUCUUUUGGUAAACGCAAAAGAUGUUGAGACUACUGGCGUCCUGUUAGGCUUCAGCUCUGAGAAUGCUGCUUCAGCUGUGAAACAAUGUGUUCUGUCAAGGAUUGGGCAAAAAUUUCCCUCAAGCAAAAGAGUCAGUGAAGCUGCUGAUGUUGCAACUUCAGAAUCUGCUGACGCCGUGGACUUCAUUGAGGAGUCUGGGGUGUCUGAAGCGACACAGCCUAAAGCCUCGUCGAGACAUACGCCCUCAAUCUCCCACGCCAAGUCAGUUGGAAGUAUCCCUCAUAAAGGCCACCAAGUCCUUCAACGCCACCUUGGUGAGAAUCUCAGGAAUCAGUUCAAAGAUGCUGGCUGGCCAGUAAUCGCUCCAAACGGCUCCGCAAGCCAACCUGCUGCCGACUCGAAAACGCUAGGACCUAAUGAGAAGCCCACAAAACGCCGCCUAGGAAAAGAGUUUGUUGAUGACAUGCUCAAGCAGGAUCAUCCGAAAGACAUUGCUCAGAGCACUCUUGCCAAAAUAAGCAUGACGGAGUCGAAAGAUCCCCGGGUUCAUUCGAGCCAACAGGAAAGUCAGGUUGUCAAAGAGCCGGACGCCACGAUCGAGCAGGGAUCUACAGACCAGGAGAGGUGGCAGCAAGGGAUGGAUGCCAUUGACUCGGCACCCGAGUUCCAGGCACAGAAAAUACCGAUGUGCGCACAGACCCAUGCCAGUGACCAGGAAGCCAAUACUUUGAAAUCAAGGUCCUUGCAAAUAUAUAGGCCGAACAACGGAGUAACUACGCCGCCGCAGAGGACCAUCCUUCCAAUCAACAUAGAGAUUAAUUCGGCGAUUGAUCAGUCAAAUAGAAUCAAUCUCGGAAAAAUAGAGCAAGAUUCAAGAGCUGGACAAAGAAAUAGAAACAGGCAUGAGCAAAGCAUCAAGGCACCCAGGGCGCUAAUGUCUCGCCAGGCUGAGAAAAGUGAUCACCAGGUCUCAAAGCUAUCGCAGAUUCAGAAGGAGAACAGAUCAUCACAAAGUAUGAAGCAUCGACAGACAAGCGUUUCGAGUCAAGAGUCGAUCAAUAAAUCUCAGAAAGCUCUUGUGACUGAUCCACAAGAUCGCAACAACAAGAAUACAAUUGAUGUACGUCAGCCAAAGUCGACGACUCAUGGAUCAGCUCAAUCUCAGGACGACAGCUCUGGGCAAAGCAAUGCGACCAAGCCUAAGAUUGUGCCUGCCAUGAAUCGAGUUUCAUCGAAGAAGUUUGUUAAAGCCAAAGUCGAAAACGGUGCUGUCUCCCAUAAUGCAAACCUCAGACCCUCUCGCGCGGGAUCUGGAUCAAAGACGAGUGGACAAAGACUGCCAAUACCCCCAGCAGAUGACGAUAUAUGGAAUGAGGGUUUAGCUAUCCCUGUUAACAAGAACUUCAAGCCUACUGCCAAAAAGACUCGGCCCACGAAAACGCACGCCAUUACCAAAGUUUCAAACUCCUCGAAGCUCUCCAGAAACAGGAAAAGUCAGGACAAAAUUUCAAAAGCCGGUAAUCUGAGCAAAGGGCCUAAGUCCAGGCCCGCGAAGAAAGCGAAUCAGGGUGCAGUAGUCUCUCGAGCCCAGCCAAGAAGAUCGGCAGCAGUCGAGGCGAACCGGAAGUUGGGGAAUCAACUGAGCUCCGAAAUUACGCCUGAAGAGCACACGCAUGAUGUGAGUUCGAUACCAAACCAAAUGAUGCAGGAGCUGCCGGAGAUACCACGGUCACCAUAUCUCCAGCAUGAGAAUGACGAACCACCGAAGCAUCGCGCAGAUCUAUUAAAGACGGCACUAGUACUGGGCCCUGGUGGUCAGGAUAUGACUCUACAACAUGACGGUCUCCAGAAAGACAUCACCACCCCACCGGAUGAAUACGCGGGCGACCAACAGGUGCACUUAGAGGAUUCAAUUGUAUCUGAUAGCUUUGCGCAUGAAAAUGGAGCAAAGCCAUCGACUGCGAGAAUCCGGGAUCCUCCAAAGCCCUUCCUACCUACAACGGCCUUGCACGUCCACCAAAGCCCUGACGAGAUGAAGCAAUCUGUCAAAGAUCCUGAGGUACAUCUGGACGUCAUAAGACCUGGGAAUUCCGUCGUUAUUGCCGCAAAAAGCAUGAAGACACAAUAUCUCCAAGGCGAUCAGAAAGUCAGGCAAGUAAAUGACAUCAACGAGAAGAGAGGCCAGACUCCUAGAAUACCAGCGAAACCACCCAUAGCUCCAAAGGCAAAAGCUGCGGAUCCGUUCGCUACAAAGCUCACGCCCAUCAUAUCCACCAAGGCGAAAGUCAGUAGUAUUCGUUACACUCGAAAGUCUGGCCCUGGAGACCAGCAUACCAAGCCUGCAAAUGUUCAGGUAGCGAACGCAGAUGGUAUAUUUGAGCAGGUAAUUGGGCAAUACACUGCAGGGCAAGAGCAGAUCCAACCUUCGCAUAGAAAACAAACUCCUGUGCCUCGAGGAAUGAAGAGAAAGUCUCCAGACUCCAGUACCCAAGAUCACAAGAAAAAGCGCAAAGAAUCCAUAAUCAGGUAUACUGCCCAAAGAGACCGAAAAAGCCUUGACGACAAGCCAGGUCUCACGCCGCUGGCAACGUCGGUGAGCAAAGCUAAUCUCAUACAUUUUGACAAGUCUGGUCCACAGAACCAAGGGAAAUUCGGCCAAGCGAGACCUACAGACCAUGAUUUUGCAAGCAUCUCUGACUUUGACGGCAUUGUGCAGUCUGAAAAGGUCCCUGUGCAGCAAUCCUUAGCCUUGCAAACAGCCCAAAGAAUAACCGGCAAGUCGCACGUCAGUAUCUUGCCAUCAAUGGUCAACGAAGUACGCUUUGGAAUAGAUAUGCAGACACAGCGCAGGGCACUAGAGCCAAGCAAAGCCGACAUGCAGAGGCUGCCCUUAUCGGAAAAGAGGAACGUGCUGCAACCCAUGCCAUCAAUCCUGGAGCCGUUGGGACGACGAUCCCAAGAGAAGUGCGAUUCGAGAAUUGAGUCGCAGACACAUGUCACAGAAGAUGGAAGUCCUUUUCUGCAGUCACAGAGAGCCUUUCAUGCUGCUCCAGACGCAGAUGCCAUGACCGAAGAAGAAGACAUUGAGAAUGCUCUCGCGGACGCCAAGCUGGAAGACGAACAUAAAUUUACUGAGCCCAUCCCGCCUGCACCGAGAUUACCAGAGCCCAAAAUAGUAAACGCAAGACUCAAUUCCCUCAUCCCGCGAAGGACCGAGAACGGAAAUGUGGGUGCUAAUAGAUCAGCACGUUCAGGCAGUCACAAACAGCUCCCUAGCUCUCCACAUGCGGAAUCAGCUGUUAGCAACUCCGAACCGUUCAUUUCUCGACCUACUGGCGUGAUGGUUAAUCUGCAAACGGAGGAGACUGUCGUCCCUUCCGAGAUACAAGAUCCUUUCGUAACAAACGAAAAGGUACCCGUCAGCUCCUUCAUCUCCAAGUUAAAUCAGUUUGCCCAGAAAGUGCACCAUGAGCAAGUCGCCGUUGAAGAUUACAACAACCACGGCCAAAACAAGGGCGACGUGAUAAGAUUGCCUCCUGAGGAUCCUGAUAAACAACUCGUCGCUCCAGCGACCCCAGUACAAUACCAUCGACCUGCUGAAAGUAGGAAGGAUGCCGUUGAGAUUUCAAGUGGAAGCUCCUCGGACCACUCGACAGUCAAGAAGUCAGCAUCGGUGCCAUCGGAAACGGAGCGCCCCGUUGAUCCAGAUUCCUCAAAUGAAUGGGCGGAAGAUCACCAUUAUGAGAUGUACACCCUGUUGUGUGGGAUCGUGAAUCGAAUGGUCAAGAGGACGAUACGGAGUGAGGAUGCAAUCCACCGAAAGGUUCAAGAUUUUUCAGAUGGGAGCAAGUCUCUGAUCGAUCGACUAAGAGAAGAACACAGCCGUCAUCUGGAGAUAAACGUGGAGAUUGCCCUCCAGACGCGAAAAAAGCUGGCUGCCGCCUGUAGAAAAACGACAUCAGAUCUGGAAAAGUUAAGUGGGGCAAAAGUUGACGUUGUGCAACGUGACUGGAGUAUGAGGCAGGAAGCUCUGACGGAAAAGUUGACUGACGCUCUUGCCGCAUGUCAACCACUUGCAUGA